AGCAUACUACCGUUAACAUAAUGAUAUCCCUAUUGCUUUUACUUGCUAUUCUAACCUUCUUGAUUUUCAAGAUGUGGACCAAGAGAAGAUCUCUACCACCAGGUCCACUACCGUUGCCACUGAUUGGGAACGCUCCCCUUCUCAUAUACGAAAUGCUGCUAAAAAAGAAAUCAUUCGGAGAUUUUAUGAAUGAAAAUGUAAAGAAAUAUGGAGGUAUGCUUACUUUAUGGUUUGGACCUAUUGCGACUGUGCAUCUCUGCGACUACGCUAGUGCGGUGGAGGCAAUGGUCAAGAACGGAUCCGCGUUCAUCAACAGAGCUCUGCCAUUUCUUUUCGAAUAUUCUAGAGAAGGUAAAGGUCUUCUCGCGUCCAGCGACCAGUUUUGGCAGGAGCAACGACGCUUUGCUUUACAUACUUUGAGGAAUUUUGGCCUAGGAAGAAACAUCAUUGAGCAAAGAAUAAUGUUUGAAUUUGAAUACACUUGUGAGGAACUGGAGAGAAAGAUGGAAAAUGGUCGCCUGUCCUUUCAACCUAAUCAGAUGAUAGAUCUUAUGAUUGGUAAUAUUAUCAACAGGAUGCUUUUCACAGAUCGUUUCGAAAAGGAUGAGGAAACACAGUUCUUUGCCCUGAAAAAUAAACUGGACAAUAUUUUUGACACUUUCGAGCCGUACGACUUUCUCAUCAACGGUUGGACUAUCAACAUUCCGCUAUUCCGUCGUCGAGCAGAGGCUUUGCUGACGCCACAGAACCAACUACUCGCCUUCCUCAAUCGACAAGUUGAAAAGAGGGUGAAAGUCAUAGAAGAUGGCAGUCAUAUUUUGGAAGGCGAAGGAGAUGAUUUUGUGGAUGCUUUCCUCAUCCAAAUGGAGAAGGACAAGAAAUCUGGACAGCAGAUUAGUUUCAACAAGGAAAGCCUCGGCCAUUCCUUAUUAGAUUUAUGGGCUGCUGGACAGGAAACCACAGCUACCACUUUAAUCUGGGCAUUCGCUUAUCUGCUUUUGCAUGAAGACGUGAAACAGCGCAUCACAGAUGAGCUUCGUAAGGUCACUAGCGGUGCCCGUCCGCUUUCCUUGAAUGAUAAAGCCGAGACGCCCUACUACAAUGCUGUUCUAACGGAAAUCCACAGAUGCGCCGCCAUUUUCCCCAUGAACUUGUCAAGAAGGGCAAAGGAGGACGUCCAUGUUAGAGGAUACACUAUACCCAAAGGAACAUCAGUUACCGCGCAGAUAGGUUCAAUCAUGCACGAGGAUGAAUACUUCAAGAAGAGCGCACAGUUCGAUCCCGAUCGCUACCUGAAUGGAGAGAAACUGGACCAGCAAGUCGUUCCGUUUGGUUUGGGUAGAAGAGCAUGUCUCGGCGAGUCUCUCGCUAGGGCCGAAAUGUAUUUAAUUAUUGGAAAUUUCCUACUCCGCUACAACCUGUCGAGUGAUCCUGAUCAUCUGCCUAGCAUGUCACCAAAGAUGCCAGUCGGAAUUGUUCGAAAAGCGGCUCCCUACCAUAUUGUUUUCAGUCACUGACAUUGUGUAUAGAGUAUCGAAUCUCACACAAGAAGAGAUCUCAGCGGCUCAUUAUAUACGUGUUAAUAAACAUUACCUCAAUGAUACGGCAUAAUUACUACAUAUAUUAUACUUUGGUACCGAUACGUGCUAGCACCAUAUAUAAAGUUG